AUGAACCAUUCUGUUCUGGUUCUGUCAUUCCAUACACCAUCUGCUAAAGAUGCUGUUCAUUCCGAAAAAAACUCACUAGGUCCAAAUCGAUAUACCAAUAGUAAGCCAUUUAUCGCUACUCCACCAAGUGACGAGCAUUUGACUUCACAUAACACCAGUAGCCAUCCUUCAAAAUCAAUUCACAAUCAAGAAAUUCUAUCCGAAUCAAGUUUGCCUCAAGAAUUUGGUGAAAAAAUCAUUAAAAAUCGUUGUAUUCUUAAGAGAAAGUCUAGAAAUAUUGACAAAUCAUUGGAAACAACUCUAAUUGAAUAUACAGCCGACAAUAAAUCAAAUUCAUUUCAAAAAGAGGAAGAUUAUAUUUUCAAUUUUGAUAGAAAAUUAAUUAAAACUUACUAUAACAAUGACAAUGACAAUGACAAUUAUAAUUUUCAGUUAAUCAAUGAAACGAAAUUGCUUAUUCUGAAUGAUGAAUACUUCGAUAACUUAUUUUUUAUUGAUGAAUCUGACGACUUGAUUUCUAUUUCAUCUUUAGACAAUGAAUUAAACGAUUCUCUCAAACAAAAUAACAAUCCAGAUAAUAACAAUAUUUUGAUUAAUCUAUGUGAUUGUAGUCUUGAUGAUAAUGAGAAGUCACUCUUGCCAAUAUCUCAACCUUCUGAACUUAUCAAUGAAUAUGAUGUAAAUGUAUUGCAGAAAAAAAAAAAUAUCACUGUGAAAAAUAUAUCCAAUAAAAACGAAAAAAUAAAUAUUCUGCAUUGUUUUGCUCAAGAUUUUUCUACAAAAAAUAAACAUCAUGGACAUAAUUUACGAAAAAGAACUUUGAAUAUAAAAAAUUAUGAUGAUCAAAAAUUGAACAUAAACAUAAACGUUCUUCAUCUUAAUCAUCUUAAAAAGAAGUAUUUACAAUUAUUCAAAAAUGAUCCUCUUAAUGAUUCAAUGUAUCUCAAAUUUCAUAAAGCUUCCGAGAAAUCAGAGAAAAGAUAUAAUAACUUAGAUAAAUUGAAGUUUCUUAACGACAUAGAUGAACUGAAAUCCUUUUUUGAUUCUUUACUUUCUUUACUUGUUAAUAACACUUCUUUAGCACAAACAAAUAAUUUUGAAACCGAUCGCCCAAAUUCUACUGAUGCUGAUUCAAUUGGAAAAGAAACUAGAAGAUUACGUACACGAAUGACAAAUCAGAUCAACACCUCGUUAGCUCCAACUUCAUCAUCCAUAAUAGUCAGUUAUCUAAAUAAUAUUCUAAAUCUAAAUUUUAAUAAAAACUUGAUGGGUUUUUCCAAAAGUCAAGUUCUUGUUAAUAUCUUUAAUUUUAUUAAUAAAUUAAAUAUAAAAUCAAAUCAAUCAAAAAAUUUGAUCUCUUUAAAUAAUAAUUUAUUAAAUAUUGAUUCUGCAAAUAAUGCGUAUUCUUCAACACCAUUAAAUUUGAAAACAGACUCCAGCAAUUUCAAAUCUAUGAAAAAAUUUUUAAACACUCAGUUUGGGUAUCCAGAACUUCAAAAUUAUGGUUUUCUCAGAAAAAACACAGAUCUUAAUCUUGAUUCUCUUUUGGUAAAGGAAAUACAAGGCAAUUGUAAUUUUAUUCCAAGUAAUUUUGAUUAUGGUAAAAACUUUGAUGACUCACCAAAUUUUUCUUCACAAAACUCAGAGCCAAAUUUUAAUUCUUAUGCUUCAUUGACUUUUAAUAGUUUUAAUAACUUUAAGAAUAUGUUAAGUAACAACAUUUUUGAAACUUUUGAGACUUUUGAAACUAAAACAGACAUCAGUUUUCCUGCCACAUUAACUACUAAGGAUAAAUCAAUACUUAAAAUUUUGUCUAAAAUUACUUAUAUCAACCCUCAUUCGAUUUUGAUGCCCUGUCCAAACAACAAUAAAGAUGCCACUAACUCUGUUAAAUCACCAACAAUCACUUCUUUGAAAAAUCUUAACUAUUUAUUUUUACUAAUAAUUCUAUCAUUAUAUGAACUAUUUAGAAUUUUAAGGUUUUUUAAAAUCUGGUCUUUUAAAAAUCAACUUAUUAUUUAUAACUGUAAAAAAGAAUUAUCAAAGACCCAAGAUAGAAGUGAGCUUAUUAGAAAUCUAUUUUCAAAUAUCACUUAUCAGAAUGAGAGAAGCAAUGAAAGUUUCGACCACUAUAAAAGGCUUAAAAAUAGUCUAGAAGGCAAUCAUUUUCAAAAUAAUCGACAACUAAAACACUUUCUUCAGAAAUUUCAAAAUAAAAUUAGACACAAGGUUAACGGAAACACUGCAUCUUUUAGCUCUUCAAAUCCAAUUGUUUCAGAUAAACUUUAUGAAGAAUUAUCAAUUUUUAUAUCUGAUUCUGAAAGUGAUUCAAGUGAUCUAGAUGAUAUAGAUGAUUUAAGUAAUGUGACUGGAUCUGAAAUCUUAACUAAAAAACAUAUUCAAAAUCGUAAUAGAUUAAAUUUGGAAAAAGAAUUGUUAGAUUCUUAUUAUUCAGAUCAAGAAGAAAAUUUUAUGACUGUUGAUGAAAUAAGAGAAAAAAGAAAAAAAAAAUUUCAAAGUAAAUUUAAAAAAUUUAGUGAAUUUGGAGUUGGAAAGGGAACUUUUGUUAAUGAAAAGGAAGAACAUAAUAAAAUUUGGAAAAAUUUUAAGCCAAUUAAAUUUUUUGUAAAUAAUGAUAGCACACUGUUAUUGUUAAUGUACAACAUAAGGUCAGGCUUAAAAAUAUAUAACUUGAAUGAGUUUUUUAAAUUUACAACUCCCAAUAAUUCUGAUGAUAAUUUGAAUAAGGAUGAAAAUAAAUCAUCUUUAGACCCUAAAAAUGAGUUUUUCAAAAAUGGCUUAUUGUUUGAAAAACAAAAAACUACUAAUCCUGAUAAUUGUUUAUCAGACUUUCCUAAGAUUAACGGGUCAGAUUAUAUUUAUGAAUCUGGUAGUGAUAAAGCUCUUAUUGAAAACCAACAUAUUUCUUUAAAGAAUAAAUUAAUUUUGAAAGAUGAACUUAUUUCUAAUCAAAAAACCGGAGAAAUAACUUCAACUCUAAAUAAUAAAAACGAGUUAAAAAUAAAGAAAAAGAAAAAUUCCGACAAUUCACUUUUGGCAAAAUAUUUGGAUGAAAAAAAUAAUAUAUUAGGUUCUAAUGAUAUAAAAGUUGACGAGAUGGCGAGCACUAAAAAAGUUUCAAAAAAUUCAAAUCGUCAUUUGAGAGAAAGAAAAUCUCAAAUUGAAGAUCUAAAGAAAACAUCUUUUUAUAAAGUGAAAGUCAAAAAACAAAAAGAAAAGAGAAUUAUGUCAAAAAAAUCUACUAAGAUUAGAAAUAGAAAAUUAUUGCUUGAACAAGAUAGAAAAGAAUACAAAUCAAUAUUUGUUUCCUUUUUCACUAAUCCAAAAGAAAAAGAAUUAUAUUUUCGACCUUAUGAUUAUAAACUUCAAAGCACAGAGCAGAAAUUAAAAGAUUACAUUGACAAAGAAAAAGGAGAUCCUGCUAAAUUUUCAAUCUAUAUUACUAAAAGAAAGAGAAAUGAGAAUACAGUUAGGACCGAUUCUAUAACACAUACAGAGAAAGUGAUAAAAAAAAUGAAGCCAAUAAUAGGGGAAAAUUGUUUUGGUAAUGAGACAUCACUUGAUACAACAGAAGAUGAUAAAAAAGGAAUUUCAGAAAAAAAUAAAAAUAAAACCUCUAGAUUGAGGCAACUUUCUAAAAUUGACUAUAAUAUUAAUGAAUUGUCAAAUAAGGCAAUACGUUAUAAGAACUCGUAUUUAAAAAGUAAUUUUGAUAAAGAUGUAGGUCAAGAACAACAAAGUGACAAAAUUAUUAUGGAUAAAGUUGAAAAUGAUAUUGCUCAAAAAAACAUGAAUGAAACUAUCAAGAAAAAAGGAAUGAUGAUUACAAUUGAUAUCAAUAAUUAUGUUACUGAAGGAAAUUAUAGAGUAAAAGAAACUGGUUUAAUAUUACCAGAAUGGGGCUUUGGAAAACCGCUACCAUAUAAUUUAUUGUUUAAGUAUGGACAGUCUAAUCAAAAUCGGUGCAAGUCAAUAGAGAGUAAUGACUUUGAAGAGUUUCAGUUACCUAAAGAGUUUUUUUAG